AUGGCCAAAUCGCCCGUCUCCUCACAGCCAUCACCCAUGACCUCGAACGCGUCGGUGCCGGCGCUGACUGCGGGAACGACGGCCCCGACCUCGCCGUCGCCGUCCCCCGGAUCACCACUUAGCCCAGUCCCCGACUCGAGCAGCAUCAGCAAGAAGCGCAAGGCACCUGCGUCAGGUGGCGCCAAGAAGAAGGCCAAGAACGACACGAAUGCUCCUGCACCCAAGAAGGGCAAGGGCAAGCAGGCGCAGACCAAGGCCGAAGACAAGGAGAAGCCCGAGAAGGAGAAGGGCACGUACUGCCACCAAUGCCGCACCAAGAUCGAACCGGACAAAGUGCUCCGCUGCACCAAACUGCGAAAGUAUACAAAGAGCACACCUGCGCGCGCGUGCAACCUCGCGUGGUGCGAGCGCGACUUGCGCAAGCGGUACGAGGUCGAUCCCGACGAGAUCAGGGAACGGGGACAUAACGUCGACGCCGCCGAAGCGGCCAAGCACGACGCGUCCAAGGAUUACGUGUGGGCGUGCCCGUGCUGUCUCGACGAGUGCCAGAACUCGACCUGCCGUAUCAAGAAAGGCCUCCAACCCCUCGGCGAUGUCGUCAAACUGGCGGCCGAGCAAGACAUCACCCCACUCGAGCUCGUCGCACAGAUCAAUGCGGACGGGCCGGAACCCACCACUAAAUCCCGCGCGGACAUGUUCGACAUGACUAACGGCCACUUGAGCGACGUCGAUGCGCCCAAGGCCCCGGGAUCCAAGCCCCCACCGAAGAAGGCUAAGACGAAAGAGACGGCCAAGAGCAAGGCGGCAACGAAGAAGACCGCGACCAAAGAGGCCAAGAAGACUGCCAAGACCAAGGAGAAAGAGGUACCGAAGAAGGCUGCCAAGAAGGAGGUGCCAAAGGAAAAACCGGCUCCGCCUCGCGUCGUGUGGCCCAAGUCUGACCCGCCUGACAUCGCCAACAUCGACACGCGCAUGGGGCGCGAGGAAGUCGAGCAGCGCAUGUACCUUCGCGAGUUUGUGUGCCGGUUUCGCGAGCUGCUCAAGCUGCCAGACCGCAGUCUCGGCGCGUUCGACGACUUUGAUCACCCGCUCGGCGAGACGACCGUGCGGCAGGUCGCGAGUGCGUUCCUCGGGCUCAUCGGGCAUAAUGGGGGUAUGACCGUCCGGAAAUUCUAUGUCGACUCGUAUGAGCCGGAGAUGGACUCUGAGAUCGAAGACCUGCGCGAAGAGAUGAGGUAUGCCGACCUCGCGCGCUUCGCAUCGAUCUACCAGCAGGUCGCGGACAUGCUGGACCUGAAGAUGCCACCGGACCCGACUUCUGCGGCGCGGGAGCGUAACGAGAAAGCGAUGAGAGCGCUGCUCGACCUCGGCGCGGACGAUGAGGCGCCAGCGUGGGCGAUGGAGGCUGGUCCGUCGACACGCCGCGGUGCGUCCCGUCUCCCUGCUCCGAACGAGGUUGUGCGCAUGCUCCUUGCUCUCGUCGAGUACGUCAUGCACCUCGACAUUGUGCGGUUCCAAAUGGACCCUAACGUGGGGUACUCGGCAGGCGAUGAGAUCCGCAAGAUGAGCACGGAGCAGAAGGAGGAAGCCAAGCGGUGGGAUGCGGAAAAGAAGAAGCUCAACGCGGCGCGCGUGCGAGCCAAGACCGCCGCGGAUACCAAGGCCGCGCGAGAGAAGCUUAAGGAGCGCGAAGAGGAGCACUGCUUGCGCAGUCGCAUGUCGGCCAUCAACUACCGCGCAGGGCUGGCGCGGAAGUCGAUGCGCUUCGAGCCGCUGGGCGUUGAUCUCGAUGGGCGCGUGUACUAUUCUCUUUCAGCACGCGAGAUCGACCGCGAGCGGUACCGACCCAGCUUUUGGGCACGUGGUGUGUUGAUCUGGGGCCGUGGAUGGGGCCGUGAGGACGACGACAUUCCAACCCUUGUGGAGCGGUGGAUGGUAGCCAACACCAGCGUGGAUCUGCUUGCGGUCACUCGCUACCUCACAUACCGCUGGCGCACCAAGUAUGGCGAGAUGAAGCUGGCCGCCGAAGAGGCUGUCAAGGAGGAGGCGAAGAAAAAGGGCAAAAAGACGCCCAAGGCGACACCGCGGCGACCGUCACUCAAGCAGACACUGUCUAGCCGCAAUAUGGCCAACGGGGCCAACAAGGCCAACGGGUACGAUUCGGACGACUCGGAGCUGAGCUCGCCACCGGAUGACCUGCUCGAGCAGCUUACCCCGCCCGGGUACGAGCCCAGCAUGCAAAUGCUUGAGUACGAGCAGUUCAAACUAGAGUCAAACAUGCGCGACGUCACCAUGUUCGUCGAGGCGCUCGAGUGGAAGGGCAUCCGGCCGUAG